AUGCGCGAGAUUGUUCACCUUCAGACCGGUCAGUGCGGUAACCAAAUCGGUGCUGCUUUCUGGCAGACCAUCUCUGGCGAGCACGGUCUCGACAGCAAUGGUGUUUACAACGGUACCUCUGAGCUCCAGCUCGAGCGCAUGAGCGUUUACUUCAACGAGGCCUCCGGUAACAAGUAUGUUCCCCGUGCCGUCCUCGUCGAUCUCGAGCCCGGUACCAUGGACGCCGUUCGUGCUGGUCCCUUCGGACAGCUUUUCCGACCCGACAACUUCGUUUUCGGUCAAUCCGGCGCCGGAAACAACUGGGCCAAGGGUCAUUACACCGAGGGUGCUGAACUUGUCGACCAAGUUCUCGAUGUCGUCCGCCGUGAGGCCGAGGGCUGUGACUGCCUCCAGGGUUUCCAAAUCACCCACUCUCUUGGUGGUGGUACCGGUGCCGGUAUGGGUACCCUGUUGAUCUCCAAGAUCCGUGAGGAAUUCCCCGACCGUAUGAUGGCAACUUUCUCCGUCGUUCCUUCCCCCAAGGUCUCCGAUACCGUUGUCGAGCCCUACAACGCCACCCUCUCCGUCCAUCAAUUGGUCGAGAACUCCGACGAAACUUUCUGUAUCGACAAUGAGGCUCUCUACGACAUUUGCAUGCGCACCCUUAAGCUGUCCAACCCCUCUUACGGCGACCUGAACUACCUUGUCUCUGCCGUCAUGUCCGGCGUCACUACCUGUCUCCGUUUCCCCGGUCAGCUGAACUCUGACCUCCGAAAGCUCGCCGUCAACAUGGUGCCCUUCCCCCGUCUGCACUUCUUCAUGGUCGGAUUCGCUCCCUUGACCAGCCGUGGUGCUCACUCCUUCCGCGCUGUCAGCGUUCCCGAGCUCACCCAGCAGAUGUUCGACCCCAAGAACAUGAUGGCUGCCUCCGACUUCCGCAACGGUCGUUACCUGACCUGCUCUGCCAUCUUCCGUGGCCGUGUCGCCAUGAAGGAGGUUGAGGACCAGAUGCGCAACGUCCAGAGCAAGAACUCAUCAUACUUCGUCGAGUGGAUUCCUAACAACAUCCAGACCGCUCUCUGCGCUAUUCCCCCUCGUGGACUUACUAUGUCUUCCACUUUUAUUGGAAACUCCACCUCUAUCCAGGAGCUUUUCAAGCGUGUCGGCGAGCAGUUUACUGCUAUGUUCCGACGCAAGGCUUUCUUGCAUUGGUACACUGGUGAGGGUAUGGACGAGAUGGAGUUCACUGAGGCUGAGUCUAACAUGAACGAUCUUGUCUCUGAAUACCAGCAGUACCAGGAUGCUGGAAUUGACGAGGAAGAAGAGGAGUACGAGGAGGAGCUGCCUGAGGGCGAGGAGUAA